AUGGAUGGUGAUCAAGACCAGAUUGUUACACAAGCUGAGUUCGAUACUGUUAUUGUAUCGGUUGACGUCAACGGGGAUGGUAAAGUACCGGAAGCAGAAUUCCUAAUGGUGUUCCAUCAAGCCACGGGAGGUAACCACCAUCAAGCAGCAACAGAUAAAGCAGGACAUAACAUUUUCACAAAGGGUGACCACGAUAACGACGGCUCUCUAACAAUCCCCGAAUUAAAAAGUAUUUUCUCUGCCUUUGACUACGAUGGGAAUGGAAAAGCCACCGCUGAUGAAUUCAAGAAAUUCUGGUCAAGUGUAAGUAAAGCCAUCUUUGAGUAUUUCAAACCUUACACCCCUUUCUAA